GCAAUCCACCCUUCCUGGCGCCAUGAGAACCCCCUCAACGACGGCCUCUGCCGCCUUUUCCAUUUUGGUGUUUGGCUGUGGGCUGGUAAACGUGGUCCCGAGAUUGGUAAUAACCAAGUCGCGUUGUAGCCGGUUCAUAUUAUCCGCCGCGCCAGUCCGCCGGUCGCAGCGGGAUUCCGGCUCUGAGUCCGGACAUCGAUGUCGGCGUUAGCGAAGCGAUGAGGAUGAGAGGUGAGGGUAAGCUUCUUCGGCAGCAGUGCCAGUGAGCGGUCAGGUGGGUGCGAGUAACAUCGGGCCUGCAUAUGAACAGGCUAAAUGGGGGAUCCCGCUCCGGCGUCCUGGGGUAACAUUGCGGUUUCCAGGCGGGGACGUUGUCGCCGGGCUGUUCGGUGAAGCGAGGUGAGGUGCUGCCGUUAGUCUUCAAUGUGUGCAUCUCCACCAAAAGCGUGGCUAGCUCUUCCGUCCACCCGAGGUCGCCGUGAAUUGCGAAUACGGCAUCC